GCCAACACUACAUUCAUUGUAUUUGCCAACUGGCUGCCGGAGAGGGAAGCUGUAUGUCCCUACGCACCGCACUCUUCUCAUUUGCUCUCAUGAUCGGGGUUUGUGCCAUGUUGAGUGCCUUUAUCAGAAGUUGAAACGUGAACCCCGAAGUGAAAUGUGUCAGUGACAGUGUUAGGAGGUGUUAGCCGUGCUGGGGAGUGCUAGAGUGGGCAGAAGAGGUAAUGUUAGUGGUGGUGGGGCAGCAGGAGUGAGCCGCGGUGGGCCUCCUUCAGAUGCUCAGAUAACAGCGGCUCCAUCAUGGCGGGGCCCACCAACGCCCUGGUAUGGGUGGUUGUGGGCGUGUGGGCGGCCUGUGCUGUAUCGGGGGCGUGGGCGGACUACCCCGUGGUGAUGUCACAGGAUCACCCAGGAGGACCGCGGCGCUGUGAGACCAUCCGCCUGGCCGCCUGCCGCGACGUCGGGUACAACCUGACCUCCAUGCCCAACCUGGUGGGUACAGAGCUGCAGAAGGACGCAGAGUCGCGCCUCAAUUCCUUCAAGCCGCUCAUUCAGUAUGGCUGUUCCUCUCAACUCCAGUUCUUCCUGUGCUCCAUAUACACGCCCAUGUGCACGCCUCAGGUACCCACGCCCAUCGGCCCGUGCAGGGACCUGUGUGAGACAGUAAGGAACAGGUGCGCCCCCGUGAUGGCGGAGCUGGGCUACCCCUGGCCGCCCUUCCUCAACUGCUCCAGGUUCCCACCAGAAAACAACGAGGACCACAUGUGUAUGGAAGGCCCCGGGGAGAAGAUGCCGCCCCAUGCCCCACCCACAACCUCCCCACGCCCUCAGCCGCUCCGAAGGUGUAGCCACUACGCCCACGCCCACAAGUACCGCUACAUCAACGCUACUGGCACGUGCGCGCCGCUCUGUCAGGCCAACAUCUCCUUCAAUAGCAGCGACAAGUCGUUCGCGGGGGUGUGGAUGGCCAUCUGGGCAGUGGUGUGCUUCGCCGUCACCCUCUUCACAGUGCUGUCUUUCUUGUUAGACGCAGCCGCCUUCAGGUACCCGGAGCGGGCGGCGGUGCACCUGGCGCUGUGCUACAACCUGGUGGCGGUUGGCUACCUGGUGCGCCUGGUGGCAGGUCCUGGUCGUGUUACCUGCCAUGUAGACCCCGAGCUGGGCGUGGUGGCCGUGACGGAGGGCGCCCUGCACACUACUUGUGCCCUCGUCUUUCUCCUCCUCUACUACUUCACCACCGCCGCCUCCGUAUGGUGGGUGAUGCUGUGUGUGUCGUGGUUACUAAGGGCGUGGCGCUCCUGGACCCACGAUCAGAUUCUGAGACACUCUUCGUGGUUCCAUGUGGCGGCGUGGGGCGUGCCAGCUGCUCAGGCCAUCGUCUGCCUCGUCCUCAGGAAGGUCGACUCUGAUGAACUAACUGGUACUUGUUAUGCCGGCCAGCAGAACACAGAGACGCUGGUAAGGUUCGUCUUGGUGCCCCAGUUCUUGUACCUGGUGACGGGUGCCACUCUGGUGCUGGUGGUGUUCGCUUGUCUCUGGAAGGCACGAUCACGGCUUCGUCAGGAGGGCUUGAAGACCGACCGUGUAGACGUUACCGCUGCCAGGGUGGGCGUAGUGGCCGUUCUCUACAUGGUCCCCGCUACCUGUCAGGUUGGUGCCACCUUCUACGAGUACGUGGAGCGGGAGCUGUGGCUGCGGGACCCGACAGUCAGACCCAACAUGGAGGUGUUCAUGCUCAAGAUCUUCAUGUCCAUGGCGGUGGGCAUCAUGGGUGGUCUCUUUCUCAUCAACGGCCGCGUCCUACACUCCUGGAGGCAGCUUUUCAGGAGGUUCACCGCCAGGAAGCAACCCCUGCCGGCGUAUCUUCAAGCUCCACAGUUAACGCCGGCGACACAGGCGGCGCCGCACAAACACCCGCCCAGUCACCAUCACCACCACUAUUUGCCUCACCAGCACCGCCACCUUCCGGAGCCAGGGAUACCCGACGUCCACGGCGGCUACGUCCAGAGGUACCCACCCCCUGUGGCUCCCAAACAACACCACCACCAUCACCACCACCACACACAUGCGUCCAGGCACAAGUGUGGUUCUGAGACGCAGGUGUAGGACACACAACCUCUCCUGAACCAGUCAAGAGCCAGAGGUCAUCAAGCACCAACACUCAAGAGCCCCAGCUGUAAUGAGGGUCAACAGCCAUGAAGCAGCUGUACUCCAGAUGCAGGAAUAACUAUGAGUGAGUCAGUGAUGAUUCACAAGUGACUCUACAUAAUGUGACUCUUAAAUGGCCAGGAGUCCUCAGAGUGACUCAGGCCACAGAACUUACUCGUAGUGGAGGUGACUAAUGUGACUCAAACGGACUCAAAUAGACAGCCAGGACUGGUUGUAAAAGUGAUGUUUUAUUUUCAACAUUAUUAUUAAUAUUACAAGUGCUGCCAAAUCCUAGACUAACCUCUUCCAUCCCUGUCUUGUGUUGGUCACGAGAUGGACACAAACCAAAGUCAAAACAGCCUUCUUGGGCCUUGGCUUCAUCAUGGUGAAGAAGCCUCGUGGGGCCUUAAGUGUUUAGUGGUGCUUUAUUUAUAAGUUGUCUUAUCUUCCCUUAAGAAUAUAUUUUAUAAACACAUGAUAACAAAAAUCAAGUCAUGGUAAAAACGCUAUAUUUUAUAAUACUUUUUGUACGAGAAAAAAAGAAAAUUACUAGAAUACAGUUUUUCUUCUAUUUAUUCUGCUCUGCCUAAAGGCUAUACAGUCGUGUACUUCCAACAGUUAACAACUAUACUUCCUCACGCUUCUGAGAAAAACCCAAACAUUUUCUGAUGCUUGUAAAAAUAAUACAUCCUGUAAAUGCCCAUACAAACACCAGAGCUAUUUUCUACUGCCUGUAAAUAGAAAAGCAACGUUAUUUUCCGAUGCCUGUAAAAAAACAAACAUAUUUUUUAAUGCUUGUAAAAUAGCAGUGAUGAAGAGGAAAGAUAAGCAUAUAGAUUUAUAUUUAUAGAAUGUACAUAAAGUGUGUGUGUGUGUGUGUGUGUGUGUGUGUGUGUGUGUGUGUGUGUGUGUCUGUCGUAUGUAAGCUGGUCAACCACACAACACAGCUAUUACCUGAGCCACCAAUCGUAAACACACAAUUUGGCUUCACCACCAGCCUUGUUAGCCACCAUGUUAAGACCCCACAAAGUUUUACCUUCCUUGUGGUAACGUUGUGAAGACUACAGAGUACAAGUGUGUUAAAAAUCACAUAUGCUACGAGAGAAAUCAGAAUAUUUGUUUUAACAUUUACGUUUCAGUGAUUAAGUGCAUUCAGUCGUAAUUUAAUCAUUUUUGUCACUCUUAGAAAAUAUAAUUGAUUUGGUAAGUUAUUCUUUGGAAGAUUAUGACAAAAGUACGAGAAAAUGUGUUCCAAAGUCACAGUAAAACAGUGUUUGGAUAGAAGUUGGACUGUGAUGGUUGACAACACUGGUAGUAAGAGUUGUGUGUCCUAACUCGGUGUCAAUAAUUUCAUGCGGGAAAAUAGAGAGAAUAAUGAAAGUGGGUGUGUGGGUGUGGGAGUGUGUGUGUGUGUGGGUGUGUGGAGAGAGAGAGUCAGUACUGGUGCUUUAUGUGGAAGAGAUGUGCCGGUCAGUUAAGAGAUGCGUUAUCAUUGGGUUCAGUCGAGUUAUCUUUGUUAAUUAAAUAAUUUAAGUAGCUGUUGCGCUGCUUAAUAACCCUGCUAACUUAACAGCCAAGAGUGAAGUGAGUGGAAGGAAGUAUUGUAAGUGGGCCAGUUCCAAUAUCUUGAAGGAUCAGUAACAUGUUCAGAAAAUAUGGAGGUGUUUCGAAUUUCGUUACAGUUUUGUCUUAUUAUUAUUAUUAUUAUUAUUAUUAUUGUUAUUAUUAUUAUUAUUAUUAUUAUUAUUAUUAUUAUUAUUAUUAUUAUUAUUAUUAUUAUUAUUAUUAUUAUUAUUAUUAUUAUUAUUAUUAUUGCAGCAUCACCCUCGACCACCAUUUUCCAGGCCACACACUGGAAUUGCACUCAACCCCCCGCUGGCCACACUUACCCUUCAGCAGCUCUUGUGACUUACGAGGAUCACCUGUAAGUGCAGCAGUAUGCCCAGACGCAGCCGUGAAUCACGCGGGCAAAGGGUUUUUAAAUUGAUGUUUUUUUAUUGAAAUUCUUACGGCAUUUUGGGCAUCAUUUUCAGGGUACAGUUGAGGGGAUACAGUGAAAGUGAAAUACAGUCAAGUGAAAUUUGACUUACAAUCGUUUGAGAUUCUGGAUACAGGCUUAUUCAGGGUUAGGUAAAUUCUUCCAUAUUGAGAAAACUUUUUUUUUAUAUAAAUCGUCAACAUUAUUACCUCAGGCAUUUCUUUAUUUUGUUCAGUUAGACUUAAAAUUUUAAGGAGGAAGACCCCCCCCCCCCCUUUAAUGCAUACCAAGGUUCAGGGUCCAUUAUACUGAGCUUAAAUAUUUUGGGUUCCUUUUAAUUUAUUUCAAAUAUUUAGGAGUCGGUUUGUUGCCGAGUUAAUACAUUUUUCUUUUUUUUUCUUUAAAGUCAGACAUUAAUUAUUAACUAAUAUGAUAUUGACGUUAAGUAUUAAUCAGUUUUAUAUUCUGUCAGUUUACUAUUGAACCGGAAUAUUUAGGCCAGAUUAAUGUUCAACACUUGGAUUUUUUGAACAGAGUUAAUGUUGAACACACAUGUCAGUUUAUUGUUGAUACUUUGUACUGUAUAUGAGAAUAAUUAAUGUUCAGUUGUUUCAUCUGGUACUGUACUUAAAAAUGUUUGAUACUGAAUAUAUAUUUGAGGGGGAUUGUCCUCACGGUCACCGUCAUGUGCACAUUGGCUGUGUUGGGGUGAAAGGUUAUGGCCUAUUGAGAAGGAACUGUGGGUCAUGAAGUGUUUGUAGAAUGAUUACAGGUCAACCGGGCGCAAAUCAAGGAGUAACCAUCCUCAAGGAUUAAAGAUGACCUGUCGAAGGUGUUUUUAAGUACAGGUCAGUACAGUUCUUCCAAGAGUUGUGUGGUUCCUCCAUUACUGUGUCUGUAAAAUAGGUAAAUUAAUGAACUAGUAGAAUAAUCUUUGUAUUUACUUGUAAAUCUGUUAAUACUGUAAUCAGAUGUCAUAUAUCAUAGUGAUAUAUUAUCAAGUGCAAAUUAUGUGUACAGUAUAUAUAUAUAUAUAUAUAUAUAUAUAUAUAUAUAUAUAUAUAUAUAUAUAUAUAUAUAUAUAUAUAUAUAUAUAUAUAUAUAUAUAUUUAUAUAUAAACCAAGUUGAGUAACCUUGUUAUCUUGAGGCAAACUCAAAUAUUAUGUUAUGUCUAAUUCUCAGUUGUUUACAUGAGGUAAACUUUAAUGCUACUAAUGUGGACAUGUGAUAAACAGAGGCCAUAUUGAUUGUAAGAAACAAGGCAGCCAUUAUUUGUAUCUCUCGUAAGACUCACUCAGGUUCUUGGCCAAGAAUCUCAACGAUGCACAGUAACCGUAGUUUUCCCCAUACUGUACAUUGUGGCAAGAGAGCUUUUGUAUUUACGGUUGAGUUUCAAUGCAAUUUUGAUUAAAUCUUGGAAAAUCAACUUUGUAUAUCACAGCGUAAGUGAGCCAGUAUAAUGUGACAUCACUUUCCUGUACAGUACUAAUUUAUGAGAAUCUUGGUCAUGUUUACUGUGAGAAUCCUAAAAGUCUUCUCGCCUUUCUGGUACAGUAUCUGUUAAGGGAAUUUUAUCCUCAUUGUGGAAAGACACCAAUGAGGAUGAUGUUUUGUGUUGUUGUGAAGAGUUGGGAGGUAUUUCCCGCCCCUGGGAUGAUGAUGCCUCUUACUAAAACUCUGUAAUGUGAGGCAACAUCUUUUAAUUUUCAUGAUGCCCAUCAGGAAGAAAUGAUAACGGGUGUAUAAUAUAACCAUACCAAGCUUCUAAAGUGUUAGGGAUGUAAAUUCUGAUUGGCUACAUCUGCCUCGGUUAAUUCUGAUUGCUUAUUUCACCCCUAGAUUAUUCUGAUUGGCUAAGUUACUCGCACUUAGCCAUGAUAAGCAAAGUUAGUCCCCAGUUAGUUAUUAUUGGCUGCCACUCCUAGUUAAUUAUGAUUGCUAAUUCAAUUCUUCUCUUAGUGCUGAUUGGCUACAGUCACCCCCAGCUAAUUCUGAUUGGCUGUUAUCCUGUUCUGAAUGGCUAAAGUCACCAUCCCAGUUAAUUUUGUUUGGCCAAGUCCUCCUGAGUAAGGGUGACGGACAAACAUGUCACAACAGGUACUUAAAAAUGUCUUAAUUCAGGUGGAUUAUGUUAUAUGUUCUUGUGUCUCGUGUGUGUUUGUAUGGUGUGUAUCUUGUAUAUUUUGUAUGAUAAAGUGUAAUUAUUGUAUGUUACUGAUACCUCAUCAACCAGCGGCCUUAAAUUGUUCCUAAAGUAAAACACUUCCUUUAAAAAUGACAAAUUGCAGUGUGUAGUAUCUUACAAAACAUUCUUCUGUUUUAGUUUGUCGUGUGAGACUUUUUUUUAUGGAAUUUUAAAUCUAAUCUUUAGGGCAUUUAUAAAACUUUAUAUUUAAUUUUAUGGAAUUUAGGAGAUUAUGAAUUAUUCUAUGGGGAAUUUAUAAGACUAAAUUUCAUCUUGGGAAAUUUAUAAAUCGAAUGAAUUCAUAUAUUUGUCAUUUUAGGGAUUUUAUGAAACCUUCCAAUAUAUAUAUACAGGUAUAUUUUUUUUUAUCCUCCAGAAAAUGGUAAUACACAAUAAGGAUGUCCACCAGCCUUUGUAAAUAUGUUAUAUAUAUAUAGUUUUAUUAAAGUUGUUCAAUGUGAA